AUGCUAAUAGACAGGGAUGACAUCAUUUUAUGGAGGCGGCGUUAUCUUCGAACCAUUAAACGGUUGAGAGAUGAAGGCAGACCCAUUUACUAUUUGGAAGCAGGACAUAUCCGAAGUUAUGUCUGGGUAGAUGACACCAUAAAUUUCUCAAAACAAGCGUUUCUGUCCGGAGUAUCCACCAGAAGCAAGGGCCCAUCAGGAUGUUUGUGGACUUUCGAAUCCAAGAAAAGUGGAGAUUAUCAUGAGGAGAUGUGCGCUGAAACCUUCGAGAAGUGGUUUCAAGAUGUUCUUCCUUGGCUUCAGGAAAAUGCAGUUAUUGUUCUUGAUAAUGCCCUGUACCAUUCUCGGAGAAAAGAAAAAGUUCUCAAUGCGAAUUCCAAUAAGCACGAAAUAUCAGAGUGGCUAAAAUCUAAAAACAUCGAUUUCGAAGACUGUAUAUUGAAGAAAGAACUUUAA